GCAUUCACUCAACUACAUGGGUGUCUCUGUAUUGUAUAGACAUAUUUCUGUAGCUGUGUUCUGUGUAGCCGUGUGUGUAUUUCUAUCUUUCUCCCUUUCUCUGGGUAUUGGCAGUGACGGUGAAGCAGAGUGGUCAUCGUUUUUUUUUCCUUCUUUUUUUUUGGUGAACGUCUGAAGGAAAAGGAGAGAGAGAGAGAGAAAGAGAGAGAGAGAGAGAGAGUGAAAUGUGUUUUGAAAGCAGAGAGGCAAGUGGCAUUGGCCGCCGUGUGUUCUAUUAGACAGAUCAAUAGCUCAGUGUGUGAGAGAGUGUCUUAAGAGCCGCUGUCCUGGGCUUUCAGCUGUGGCAGACCUGUUAGUGUGGCGGAGGGGUGCCGUGCUGUGCUGUGCCGCGCUGUGCCGCGGUGGCCAGCCGUGGCCCGGGGGGGUGGCUUUUAGCCCAAACACAAAUGUCAGCCACAGAUAGAAUAUUACUGUUUAGUGCAGUUAUUAAAUGGACUUUAUUUGUCCUUUAGGAGGCUAAGAGCCACACUUAAAGGGGAGCCUGCGUGACAGCGGGGCAAUUGCGGGUUUGUUACACACACAUACACAUAUGCAGACAGAAACACACACACACAGACACACACACACACACACACACACACACACACACACUCAGAUAUGUUUAAAACAGAAAGAAGGGAUGUGAUGUAAAGAGUGUGUGUGUGCGCAUGUGUGUGUACUCUGAAAGGCACUUAGGCCAUAAUGUACCUCACUGGGGGCUGAGAGCAACCUUCUUGUGGUCAACAGUGUUUUAAAAGGUUAAUGUUAAUCUAUACCAAACAAAGCCCAUGAGGCAGUUCCAUCAUCCCCCCCCCUCCAGAACAGCACAGAGCUAAGGGCCCAGACAGAAUAGUGUGGUCACUAACACGACACGCAGCCCAAAUACCUCCGUGGCCCAGGAGAGCUGUCUGGUUUCUGGCACUCGGAGGCUGAAUUUCCCCUCAAGUUUUUUUCUUUUAACCUUCGAGUUUUAUCCCCCCCCACAUUCAUGUUUGGAACACCAGCCUAAGCCUUAACAUCUAUUUGUGUUUGGUCGGUGAACGGAGAGGGUGGCAGAGGGGGAGGGGUUGUGGGACAGUGUCCAAAGUGACCUGUGUGCCUGGCUGCCUAUCUCUAUGCAGCGCUGUUAGCCGCGGCAUGCUAAUGCAUAUGAAACAGACACGGCUUGGCUCCGCAGGCUGUUGGCCUUAUCAAAAAAAAGAAAAAAAGGAAAAAAAAUAUAUAAAACAGGCUGAGCACGAGCGGGGGGGAGAGCGAGAAAAACAUGAACAUGAAAAGUCACUCGUGUACUUGGGCAGUAAAUCACGACGGGCUGCUUGUCUCCUUAUCGCUACAGGUGUGCCGAUGCUCUCCGUACAGCCCAAAGGGAAACAGAAGGGGUGCGCUGGCUGCAAUCGCAAGAUUAAAGACCGCUACCUGCUCAAGGCCCUGGACAAAUACUGGCAUGAGGACUGUCUAAAAUGUGCCUGCUGCGACUGUCGCCUGGGGGAGGUGGGCUCCACCCUCUACACAAAAGCCAACCUCAUCCUCUGUCGCAGGGACUACCUGAGGCUCUUUGGUACAACGGGGAACUGCGCUGCCUGCAGUAAACUCAUCCCAGCCUUUGAAAUGGUGAUGAGAGCCAGAGAUAAUGUUUACCAUUUGGACUGUUUUGCCUGUCAGCUUUGUAACCAGAGGUUUUGCGUUGGGGACAAGUUUUUCCUAAAGAACAACAUGAUUCUGUGUCAGAUGGACUAUGAGGAGGGACAGCUGAACGGGAGCUUCGAGACACAAGUCCAAUAGCCAAGCUGAUUGGCUGGUGACGGCGGCAUCCCUCUGUGCCCACACACUUGCAUAUACACACACACACACACACACACACACACACACACACACACACACACACACACACACACUCAUGCUCUGAAUCACUCAUACUACACACACACAGUACAACAAUGCACUUCCACACUGAGAUACACACACAGACACACAUACACACACACAAACACACACACACUCCCUGGCACACAUUAGGUGUUCGGCUGCACUAGGAGAGGAAAGCGUCUGUCUGCUUGCCUGCAAUACUUUUUACAGUAAAACCCCUACCGGUCCCUAAGGACUCCAUUGUAAAUGUACUUUUUGCCCCUUCCUUUCCCCAACACUGAGCAGUUACAAGUUUUGAUGUACAGUUGUGCCUGCUUAGCUGAGCACUGUAUUGCUUGUAUGUUUUUGUGAUGUUUGUUUUGGGUUUUGGUCCUCUCUCCCCCUUUCGGGUAAAAAAAGAAAAUCAAAAGAAAGAAGAAAAACCUUGGAGGGUCUGUACAGUCUGUUUUCUGUAUAUAUAAACUGGAACAUUUAUUUUAUGAAAUUGUAAUGCAAUUUUAUUACUAGUGUGAAUUAAAGAUUCUUAAAUGUUCAUAGUGAGUUUUUUUUUUUGGUUGUCCUCUGAUCUCAAAAGCCAAAGUUGUUUGAUGAGUCUGACCCACGCUUUGACAUGUAAUUAUCAACUCUCUCAAAGAAUUUUGUAAAAGACUGCAUUAAAAACCAUGACAACUAAUUUUACCACAUGUGGAAGAGUACUGAUGGAAUAAGAUGUUUAACAAAUUUAAAUCAGAUGAUGGUUUUAUUUGGAAUAAAAUAAUCCCUUCUCCAAA